UGGCUGUGUUUGUGUUGGUUAGUGAGUGCGGCUGGCUUCAUUCCUCCGGACAGACUUCAGUCAGUGCCAGAGUCUAACCAGGUCACGUGGUCCAAACAGGAGAAACAGGGCAAGCUCUCUUUGUCAAACAUUGUUGACUUUGUCCCCCCGCCUCACCUGCGCGGAGAGUCCACACCUCCGCAGAGGGAUGUCCGGCCUGCCGACGAGGCCUAUGAAUAAACUGUCCCGCGACGCAACAGGGAAGGAAGUGAAGAAAAUUCACUAUUUAUUUAAUUAUUUAUUUUAUUUUAUUGUUGAGCGGAAUACCGCAUGUAGAGUCCCGCCGCCUGUCGCCAGGUGCGGAGAAGUUUGACAGAGCUUGAGGAGGACAGAGGACCUGACGAGAGAUCUACCCCGAGAAAAUGUUCUCCUUCCUGAGCUCAGACAGAAGCCCCCCUCCUGAGAGCAUCCACAUCUCCUCUCUCCCUCCCAGCAUUCCCACGGAUCAUGAGCCGGGACAAACUGAAGGAGAGGGGGAUGACAUGGCGAGAGAGAAAGAAGUAAUCCAGACCACACACACACACCAAGUUGCCUCCUCCCCCUCUGUGUUCCUGCAGGCCCACGGUGAAACUGUGUCGAGUACUUAUUUUGACCAGAGGGUCCCUGUGCCAGAGGACGACAGCAAGAUGGGGUUUAGUUUCCGUAAGCUGUGGGCCUUCACCGGGCCAGGCUUUCUCAUGAGCAUCGCCUACCUGGACCCGGGCAACAUCGAGUCUGACCUGCAGUCUGGGGCCAAAGCUGGCUUUAAGCUCCUGUGGGUGCUGCUGGGAGCCACCAUCAUCGGUCUGCUGCUGCAGAGGCUGGCAGCCCGGCUGGGCGUGGUCACUGGGAUGCACCUGGCUGAAGUCUGCAAUCGCCAGUACCACACUGUGCCUCGUAUUUUGCUGUGGCUGAUGGUGGAGCUGGCCAUCAUUGGCUCUGACAUGCAGGAGGUCAUCGGCUGUGCCAUCGCUUUCAACCUCCUCUCCUCUGGAAGGAUUCCCUUGUGGGGCGGUGUCCUCAUCACCAUCGUUGACACGUUUGUCUUCCUGUUCCUGGACAAGUACGGUCUGAGGAAGCUGGAGGCCUUUUUUGGCUUGCUCAUUACUAUCAUGGCCAUUACCUUUGGAUACGAGUAUGUGACAGUGAGGCCAGACCAAGGCCAGCUGCUGAAGGGGAUGUUCGUGCCUUACUGCGAGGGCUGCGGCCCGGUUCAGCUGGAGCAGGCGGUGGGCAUCGUGGGAGCUGUCAUCAUGCCUCACAACAUUUACCUGCACUCUGCCCUCGUCAAGUCUCGAGAAGUGGAUCGGUCGAGCAAGAGGGAAGUGAAAGAGGCCAACAAAUACUUCUUCAUUGAGUCCACCGUAGCGCUGUUUGUCUCCUUCAUCAUCAAUGUGUUUGUGGUGGCGGUUUUCGCAGAGGCUUUCUAUGGACGCACGAACAUCGAGGUGUACAAUGUCUGCAAUGAAACAGGCAGUCCUCAUUCAAAUCUGUUCCCACUGGAUAAUGAAACUCUGCAGGUGGACAUCUACAAAGGGGGAGUGGUGCUGGGCUGCUUCUUUGGCCCGGCGGCUCUCUACAUCUGGGCUGUGGGGAUCCUCGCAGCUGGACAGAGCUCCACCAUGACUGGGACUUACUCUGGCCAGUUUGUCAUGGAGGGUUUCUUGAACUUGCGCUGGUCGCGUUUCGCCCGCGUGUUGCUGACCCGUUCCAUCGCCAUCACCCCCACCCUGCUGGUGGCCAUCUUCCAGGACGUGCAGCACCUGACGGGCAUGAACGACUUCCUCAAUGUCCUGCAGAGUUUGCAGUUGCCAUUCGCCCUCAUUCCCAUCCUCACUUUCACCAGUUUGCCGUCCCUUAUGAAUGAGUUUGUCAAUGGACUAGUGUUUAAGAUAGGUGGAGGCCUGGUGAUCUUGAUGGUAUGUUCCAUCAACAUGUACUUCGUCAUCAUCUACGUCACCACACUCAACAGUGUGUGGCUGUAUGUACUGGCAGCCUUCCUCUGCAUAGCAUACCUGACAUUUGUGGGUUAUUUGGCAUGGUUAUGUCUAAUAGCUCUGGGAGUGUCCUGUCUGGACCCGUCCACCAGGAGCAGGAAUGACACAACCAUCCUGAUCGAGCAGCAGCCUGAGUUUGACUCCUGACCGUGCAAAGCUCCUCAUGCUUCUUUCACUGUGUUUGAGUGGCCAUUGUUUUCAGUGGACUGAAGCUGCAGUGAUGUGCAGUGUGCCAGUAUAACCACAUAUUUUGUUUGCUAAUUUAUUGAUACUUGAUGUUUUGGAUUAAAUCUCCUAUGUUAUUUCAGACAAUUUGUCUCCGUUGGCCAUCAGGAAGCUCAGCCCACCGUCUUUAUGUGUAGCUCCAAAGCCAAUACAGAUCACACAGAAAAGAGCAGGUCAGUUUUGCAAAAUUGACAUGUUUACAGGUUGCAUAUGUUGUCUAACUCCAAACAUGACGAUCUACCUCCAUACUGUACCUCUCUCUGCCACAGGGAGGCAGUGUAGGCCAGAAGAGAAAUUAGCCAGGACUGUUCAAAUAGAUUGUCUCACCACCAGAGCUGCACAGUGCAGUGAAUGCCACACACAUAAGAUGACAUGAUGUGUUACAUCAUGUUUUACGUGCUGUUAAGGUUGCACAGGAAUGUGCUUUGUAAUAGAUACAUUGUAGCAGGCAAACCGAGUUGAAAACACUUGCUGUGAUAGGGUUGACCAUAAUAUUGGUGAAAUUUCAGUGUGUACAUUUGGAUUUGGCUGGCGUCUGACAUGCCUGUGGUGCUGGUAUGCCUGUGGAGUUGCAACUAUUGUGUAACUGCAGGCAGGCACCGCUGGUCUCAGGGUUGCUUGAAUUCCAGUCUUCAGCCUUUGCAAGCCGAGGAGAGGCGGACGGACAGGUUUUUCUUUGCAUUGUGGCGGGGAACUUUUUUCUUUCUUUUUUUUUUUUUCCCUGUCAUGAAGGCAGAGUUAUGUAAGAGGGGAGAGUCUUCCCACCUCCCCUCUCUGUUUUUGUUUUUCUCAAUGAGCCAAUGUCUCCCUGCCUAGGCCUCACAGCCUGUCCAGUAGGCCCCUUUCCUGGAAACAUAGCCUAGCAGAGGCCACUCAGGGGCAGGCCCGGGAGGUGGGAGGGGUGGGGAGGAGGAGGAGGAGUGGGGGGGGGGCUCUUCCAGCAAAUCACAUGAUUAUAGACCCUACAGUCCCAGCCCUACAUGAGGCUCAGAUGCUGCGGGCAAAUUUCAACAGCUAGUUUGUCAUCUGCAUGAUUGGAUGUAGCUAAUGCAUGGCAGAGUGCAUGGGGCUGUAAGUACACGCUGUGUGUUCGCAGGUGUGAAAUUUAGAAAUAGAACCACAACGCCUGAUGGAUGUUGUUUGUGUGUGUUUCUGUGUGUGUGUGUGUGUGUGUGUGUGUGUGUGUGUGUGUGUGUGUGUGAGGAAAAAUGGGAGUUUGUUUUGGGUAUUCAGAUGUCAACAUCAGCACAGAUUUUUAUUUUUUUUUAUUUUAUUUUUAUCAUGCACACUAGUCCCCGAAAUAUUGAAAUGAAUCAUUUUGUGUUACAUUUUUUUUAGUAGUUAAUUCAAUGGAAUUAAGAUAUAUAAUCUCCCCUUUGGGAAGUUUAGUUGGCCUUUGUGCCUUCAGUAGAUUUACAGUUAAGUUCUGAUUGUUUGAGCUAUGGUUAUGAUUGUAUUUUAAUGAACACUAACAUUUGUGCAUUUGUGAGAGAGAAGAAAAAGAUAUAUAUGCAUUUUUUAUAUAUAUAUGUAACGUAUAAUGUGAUAUAACAAGUUGUAAUUGAUGACAUACUUAGUUGCUGACUUAUUUUUCCAAUACAUAUUCCUGAUAGAUUUAUUAAUUUACUGUAAUCGAGAUUCUUAUGAUGUGUGUUGAUUUCUGUAAGAGAGAAACAUGCCCCAUACGGCUAAUGAUGUGGGGAAAACAAGCUGUGGCUUAAAAUAAACGACUGCAAUCAUGAAAACCAUUAAAUGUGUAACUGAACUGUAAAAAAA